CAUGACCUGUGAAACAGCCUCCAUCGCGGUCUGAGAAACCCUGAAAGCAAAGAGGAACUGAGGAUGGGAGAUUCUCUAGCUGACAACACAGGCAGAAGCCCAGAGAUGUAUUGUAAAGACACCCAGACAGAACUUGCCGAAAGAGUAGCUGCUAUUGAUGUUGACGUGGGUCCCGACAUUGUGACCCAAAACGGUCAGGAAACGGCAAAAGAGAAUGAAACUGUGUGUUCUAAGAACUCUGCUAACAACCAACGGAAUGGGGUCAGCCUUGAAUUGGGAUCAUCUGAAGAACUGGACGGGGCUCAUGAACUGACGGCGCCCAAGAGAGUGCCAACGAGGCCCCUUCUGUCUGGUAGGAAGUACUCUCUUCAAGAGAGGCCGGCUGGAAACUAUCUGAGCUCUGCCGACCCCCAAGGCUUUGGUCUUUAUGCCACUGGGCCUUCCCCGCGGAUUGUGAGGAGACCAACAAUAGAGUCCCAUCGAGUCUCCAUCUCUGAUGCUGCGGAUUGUGUGCAGUUGAACCAAUACAAGCUGAAAAGCGAAAUAGGAAAGGGCUCUUAUGGUGUUGUGAAGCUAGCCUACAAUGAAAGCGAUGACCAAUAUUAUGCCAUGAAAGUCCUCUCCAAAAAGAAGUUAUUGAAGCAAUAUGGAUUUCCACGUCGACCACCUCCUCGGGGAUCCAAAGCUGCCGCGGGUGGGCAGGUGAAACCGAUGGCCCCUCUUGAUCGGAUUUAUCAGGAAAUAGCCAUCUUAAAGAAACUGGAUCAUAUCAACGUUGUCAAACUUAUUGAGGUGCUGGAUGAUCCUGCAGAAGACAAUCUAUACAUGGUGUUUGACCUCCUGCGGAAGGGGCCUGUCAUGGAGGUGCCAUGUGACUCGCCAUUCACCGAAGAACAGGCUCGACUCUACUUCAGGGACAUCGUCUUGGGCAUUGAAUAUUUGCAUUACCAGAAGAUCAUCCACCGCGACAUCAAGCCUUCCAACUUGCUUUUGGGAGAUGACGGACAUGUCAAGAUAGCCGAUUUUGGUGUGAGCAAUCAGUUUGAAGGAAACGAUGCCCAGUUGUCCAGCACUGCCGGGACACCGGCCUUCAUGGCCCCUGAAGCACUUUCAGACACUGGGAGGAGCUUCAGUGGAAAGGCGCUUGACGUCUGGGCCAUGGGAAUCACACUGUAUUGCUUCGUAUACGGAAAGUGUCCUUUUAUCGAUGAGUUCAUCCUGGCACUCCACAACAAGAUCAAGAACAAGCCAGUGGAAUUCCCUGAACAGCCUGAGGUCAGCAAGGAGCUCCAAAAUCUGAUUCUGAAGAUGCUGGAUAAAAACCCUGAAACCAGGAUAACAAUCCCUGAAAUUAAGUUGCAUCCUUGGGUGACCAAGUUUGGAGAAGAUCCUCUGCCUCUAGAGGAGGAGCACUGCACAGUUGUGGAGGUCACAGAAGAAGAAGUCAAGAACUCUGUGAAGACAAUCCCCAGUUUGCCUGCUGUGAUUUUAGUGAAAGCCAUGCUGAGGAAACGAUCGUUCGGCAACCCCUACGAGACUCAAGCUAGGCGAGAAGAGAGAUCUAUGUCGGCUCCAGGAGACUUAUUGAUGCAUGGUUUUCGCUUAACUUCAUCUAUAUAUUUGCAUCCAUCUUUAAGAAAGCAAGCGAGUCGAGAUGCGAUAAAGGAUCCAGAACUCCCCGAUGUUCACGAAGAUGAGGCAGCUUCGUGAAUCCCUUGGCACGUCCCAGAUCAACAAUACAACUGCCGCUGCUGUACCCAUUGUGCUGUUGUCUUGCACGCUGUAAUGCCUCAUCAACCAAAGUUUGUAACUUGCAAAAAAGAAGAAACAAUAAUAAUCUUAUACAAUACAAUGAAAACCCCAGCCGGUACAAGCAGCAAGGUACAUGGACCAGUUGACUCUUGCCGUGACCGGCUUUUCCGCGUUUGUUAUGUCAUAAGACAUUUUGGUGUUGUGUGCCUCAUCUUUCAUUUGUGCUUCAUGUUGUGACGUGGUCAGCAUAGCUUGGUAACUUGACUGACAAACGCUUGUCUGUUUUGUAAACUGAGCCAAAAUAUUAGGGACCGCUCAGUUAAUGCCACCGUUCCUCUCUGAAUCACAACAUUUCAACUUUAUCCUCAUGAUAAAACCGCUACGUGAUGUGAGAAGUCAAAUUUUAGAAAUUGGAUGCCUGUUCCAGUUGGGGUGGCUUAUUUAAUUGUUGUUGGCUUUUGAUGAAGUGGGGCACAAAGUUCUGUUCUCUGCAGAGUUUUAUUCUAAAGUAUCUCUUAAAUUGUGUUUGAUAUUGGGCCUGCCCAAAUAAGUUGGGUCAUUUCAGGUUUUGUUGCAAUUGCAGGAAAUAUGCAAACUGUUACAGUUUCCUGGCAGAACACAGUCUAGCAGGAUAUCAAAUAUUUUGUGUACUCUACAGUCAUAACUGUAAGCCCA